GUUGCCAUAGAUACGAGCUCCUCAUCCAGCAGCGUACGGGCGCAUAGCCGAAACAAGCCGCCAAGCGCGAGAAUAUCGGAGAAAUAUUCAACGUUAUUUUUUGGUGGUCAUCAUGAACGCUGACAGAAAUAUGAUGAUGAAGUCCCCACCAACAGUCAGCAAGGAGCGGAUCAUCUGGGAUUUCCCAAAGUGCUACACACCCGAGGCCUCCCUGCAGCUGAAGAGAGACUGGGACGUUAAAACUAAAACCGCUUGUAAAGACAGAGCUGCCAGACAUCAGCCGUGGGAUCAGCAGAAGAUGUCUAAAGUAGUCGUUGUUGGAGACCUUAAUGUGGGGAAGACCUGCCUCAUUAACAGAUUUUGUAAAGAUGUGUUUGAAAGAGAUUACAAAGCCACCAUAGGAGUAGACUUUGAGAUUGAAAGGUUUGAGAUAUGUGGAGUGCCUUUCUCUCUUCAGAUCUGGGAUACAGCUGGACAGGAAAAAUUCAAGUGCAUAGCAUCAGCCUACUACAGAGGAGCUCAGGUUAUUGUCACAGUAUUCGACAUGGCAGACAUUAAGUCCCUUGAUCACACACGCCAGUGGUUGGAGGAGGCCAUGAAAGACAAUGAACCUGAUUCCUGUUUCAUCUUCUUAGUUGGGACUAAAACUGAUCUUCUGCCUUUAGAAGAAGUACAGAGGACUGAAAAAGACGCCAUGAAGAUUGCAGCAGAAAUGAAAGCAGAGUUUUGGGCGGUUUCGUCUAAAACAGGGGAGAACGUGCAGGGCUUCUUCUUUAGGGUGGCGGCUUUGGCCUUUGAGAUGUGCAUACUGAAGGACACAGAGAAGGGAGUCCCUGCAAGCAUCGGGCAUGGUGUUGGUAUUAAAUCAGAUCGUGGCGUUUUGGAGGAGGGAACAUCCCAGGACAUGAAGAGAAGCUGCUGUUGAUGCAGAUCGGUCCAGACAGAUGUCUCCAGCUGCAGCAGCAGAGUCCGACCACGUUUCUGAACUGAAAUGUGCCUAAAAGUCAAGGUCUCCAAGUUAUUACAACUGUGUUUGGAUGUUUGUAAAUGCUGCCAGUUAUGGAUUAUCUUAGUUCAUCGGUCAGUUCAGAUCAGGUCCUGGUCAAGCGGGACAAAUAAAGGCCGGGUACAUGUAGACUGGGACAGAUUCAGUCUUGUUCUCAGGACACUUCUGGAUUUUCUUCUCU